CCGGCUGGACAUUCACACCGCGGCCCGGGAGUAUGAGACGCGGAGCGGGAGGGCCGCAAUGCCCGGACUGACAGACCCCCACUAGCCGCCCCCAUACCCCGCUCUCUGUAACCGGGGUGGCGCCCCCAGCGUACGGCUCAGAGACCCCCAGACCCCCCGUUACUGGGACCGGAGCCCAUGAGCGCACCUGUGUGACGGACACUGAGUGACAGCGGCCGGGGGGCCCCAACAUGCAGGGGGAAGUGCCCACCAUGAAGGUGUCUGACAGCGAGAGCCGGCCCGACGCCUCCCCCAGCCCCCUCACUCACCGGCCCUCCAGCAGGGCAGCCGGGGGCAGCAAAGCCUGGCAGUACUGUGAUCACAUGGAGAAUAUAAGCGGCUACCUGAUGAAGUACACUAACCUGGUGACCGGCUGGCAGUUCCGAUACUUUGUGCUGAAUAACGAGGCCGGCCUGCUAGAAUACUUUGUUAACGAGCAGUCCAGGAAUCAGAAGCCCAGAGGAACAGUCCAGCUCGCCGGGGCCGUCAUCUCACCCAGUGAUGAAGAUUCCCACACCUUCACUGUUAAUGCUGCCAGUGGGGAACUGUACAAGCUAAGAGCCACUGAUGCCAAAGAACGUCAGCACUGGGUGAGUCGGCUACAGAUUUGCACCCAGCACCACACAGAAGCCAUUGGCAAGAACAACCCUCCUCUGAAAUCAAGAAGCUUCUCAUUGGCCUCUCAGGGCAGCGGCAACUCUCCUGGGUCCCAGCGCCGGCCCAGCCAAAAUGCUGCCUCCUUCUUCAACCUUGGCCAUCACAGGAUGGUGCCGGCCAACAGGAGAGCUCAGCUGCUGCAGCCGGACCACUUGGGCGAUGUGCGAGAGAUGAUGAGCAAAGCGGAGGGGCAGCAGAGGGAUCUAAUGCGCAGCAUUGAGGGUCUCCCCAGCGCCGGGCACCUCAGUUCCCUGGAUCAGGAUCUUCUCAUGCUGAAAGCCACCUCUAUGGCCACACUGAGCUGCCUGAAUGACUGCUUCCAAAUGUUACACCAGCAACAUAUAGCCCUGCAGAGGCACAUCCCCCCCACAGGUACAGCGAUCAAUUGGCUGGAAGCGAAAAUCCAAAUUCCCAAUCAUCUGAAUAAUGGGGAGGAGUCCGGCCUGGCGCUGCCGGAAAGCCAAGAGCAAGAGCUUCUGAGAGAGACGCAGGCCCUGUCUGAUAGCACCCUGGCUUCUGGGGAACCUGAAGACAUAAACCCAGAGGAUGAGGUGGAGGACGGGUGUGAUCUCAAAGAGGAUGAGUUGGGGGCCGUGGAGGAGCAGCGCAGCGUCAUUUUGCAUCUCUUAUCCCAGCUCAAACUGGGCAUGGAUCUGACCCGGGUGGUCCUCCCCACUUUCAUCCUGGAGAAACGCUCCUUGCUAGAGAUGUACGCCGACUUCCUGUCCCACCCAGACCUCUUCCUGUCUAUCAGCGCUGGCCUCACCCCCGAGGAGCGCAUGGUGAGAUUUGUGGAAUAUUACCUGACCUCCUUCCAUGAAGGACGCAAGGGGGCGCUGGCCAAAAAGCCAUACAACCCAAUCAUUGGGGAGACAUUUCACUGCUCCUGGAGGGUACCCAAAGAUUCUCUGCAGCUUUCUAACCCCACAGAGAAGCCCCCCAAAGCACAGGAUCAGGCCCCGCUUGUGGAGGACUCAAAUAAACCAGACUCUUACACCAUUAGGUUUGUGGCUGAGCAGGUCUCCCAUCAUCCUCCGGUCUCAGGGUUCUAUGCUGAGUGUCCGGAGCGCCGAAUGUGUGUCAACACCCACAUCUGGACAAAGAGCAAAUUCAUGGGGAUGUCCAUUGGCGUGACCAUGAUUGGAGAAGGAGUGCUGUACCUGUUAGAGCACGGGGAGGAGUACACAUUCACGCUGCCCUGCGCGUACGCUCGCUCCAUUCUCACCGUGCCGUGGGUGGAACUGGGGGGGAAGGUCAAUGUGAACUGCGCAAAGUCCGGUUACUCUGCAGCCAUCACUUUCCACACCAAGCCUUUCUAUGGGGGCAAGUUGCACAGGGUGACGGGGGAGGUGAAGCACAACGCCACUAACAGUGUGGUAUGUAAGGUGCAGGGCGAGUGGAACAGCGUGUUGGAAUUUACCUACAGCAGCGGGGAAACCAGAUCCAUCGACCUCACCAAGCUGCCCGUCACCCGCAAACUGGUGCGGCCCGUGGAGAAGCAGGGCCUGUUUGAGUCGAGGCGACUGUGGGAGAAUGUAACUGAGGCUCUGAGUGCAAAGGAUAUAGAGAGAGCAACGGAGCACAAGAGAGCGCUGGAGGAGAGACAGCGGGCAGAGGAGCGACUCCGGGCAGAGACAGAGACUCCGUGGAUCACAAAAUACUUCACAAAAGAGGGAGACGGAUGGUCCUACAAGCAGCCCCUGUGGAAAAGCUCGGACUCUGGCCAGUAAAGGCUCCCCCUGCAUCGCUGGAUGGUUGCACCCAGUGGCCGGACCAGCCCGGAUCUGCAGUCUCUCCCGGGGGUGCCCAGUGGCAAACUGGGGGCACAAAUCUGCUUCUGGAAGUCAGGUGGAAUCAGUGUUACUUGUCUUCUGUGUCCCCCCCCCACUCUGGAACUUCCACUAUGGACUCACGACACCCCCCCGGACCCUCAAUUCGCUCAGGACUCUGCAGGCCACACCCUCUCUGUACUUGCAGUAAUAAUAAAACUCCCAGUGACCAUUUCAGUGCUGGA